AAAUUUUUGGGAGGGAUCACAGUAUAAAACGGCUGCGUUUGGCCACAAUCGUCCUCGUUCCUCACAGAACCGGCAAGCAACGACGACAUGAAGGCUAUAAUCCUUUUGGCGGCGGUCGCCGUGGCCGCUGUCAUGGCUGUCCCUGUGGACGAGAAGACCUACAGGACCCCUGCAACUACCGAGCUUCUGAAGGUCCAGAAGACCCUGCUGAAGCUCUUCUGGCGCGUGCAGGACUUCAACACCUACACCGAGCUGGUCGAGGUCGGCAAGAGCUACAAGCUUGAGGAGGACAUUGAAUCGUACAAGAGCAAGGAGUACGUUAAGGACUUCCUGAUCGCGUACAAGAAGGGUAUGCUGCCCCGCGGCGACAUCUUCUCCGUGUUCUAUGAGCCCCACCGCAAGCAGAUGAUCAAGCUGUUCGACCUGUUCUACUUCGCCAAGGACUACGAAACCCUCUACAAGGUCGCCUGCUGGGCCCGCGAUCGCGUCAACGAAUACAUGUUCGUUUACGCCCUCAGCGUCGCAGUUUACCACCGUGCCGAUAUGCGUGGCAUCGUCCUGCCUCCCUUCUACGAAAUCUUCCCCCAGAAGUUCGUCGAUAGCGAGGUCGUCUUCAAGGCCUACCACGAGUACAUGAACCACAAGAACACCCCUGACUACACCGUCAGCAUCCCCGUCAGCAACUACACCGAGUUCUGGUACCAGCACGAUUUGGAACAGCGCAUUGCCUACUUUAGUGAGGACCUGGGCAUUAGCAUGCAUAACAAAUUCAUCCAGCUCGAGUACCCCUUCUGGAUGGACGCCAAGAAGUACUCUCUUACCCUGGACCGCAAGGGUGAGCUCUACUACUGGAUCUACGACCAGCUGCUGGCCCGUUACGACCUGGAGCGUGUUGCUAACUACCUUCCUGAGAUUGAGGAGAUCAGCUUCGUCAACCGCGAAGUGAAGCACGGCUACAACUCUCACGUCAGCUACAUGAACGGAGUUGACUUCCCCAUUCGCCCCGACAACAUGCACAUUGAAGAUCUUGAAGAUAUGACUGUUGAGGAUGUCCUCGACUACGAGCGCAGGAUUCGCGAGGCUAUUGAUCUGGGAUACUUCUUUGACCGCGAGGGUAACAAGAUCACCCUUAAGGACAACAAGGGCAUUGACUGGGUUGGUCGUCUCAUCUAUGGCUUCCCCGAUGUGCCCACCUCCUACUACGGUAACCUGACCACCUACGCUUUCGCUCUUGUCAGCCACAUCGUUGACCCUCUGCACAAACUUGGCGCUGCCCCUGGCCUUCUUGAGCACGCUGAGACUGCCCCCCGCGACCCUGCCUUCUAUGGUCUGCACAAGAACCUUAACAAGCUGUUCAUCAAGUACAAGGAGCACCUCGCCCCCUAUAAGCGUGAGGAUCUCGUCUUCCCCGGCGUUAAGGUCGAGAAUGUUGAGGUCGACAAGCUGAUCACCUACUUCGAAGACUUCGAGUUUGACCUGUACUCCGUAUUCGCCGGCACCUACGAGUCCGACAAGAACGUCAACAUCAAGUACCGCGUGCCCCGUCUCAACCACAAGACUUUCAAUUACAAGUUCGAGGUCACCUCCGACAAGGAACAGGACGUCAUCGUGCGCAUCUUCCUCGGACCCAAAUACGACGUUUACGGAAAGGAGCUCACCCUCAACGAGAAGCGCACCAAGAUGAUCGAGAUGGACAAGUUCAAAUACUCUCUGACCUUCGGUAAGAACAUCGUUUCCCGCAGCUCCCAGGAUGCUUUCAUGACCUACAGAGACGAGUUCUCCACCAAGACCAUCAUCCAGAAGGUUGAGGAGGCUCUUGAGGGCAAGACCACCUUGUACAAGGACGAGACCUACCAUUGCGGAUUCCCUGAGCGCCUUCUCCUGCCCAGAGGCCGCAAGGGAGGCAUGCCCUUCUCCCUGUUCGUCAUGGUCACCCCCUAUGAGAGCACCACCACCGAGACCAAGACCUUCAGCUUGGGCUACUGCAGCGCCUACGACCGCGUCUACCCUGAUGUCAAGCCCUUCGGCUAUCCCUUCGACCGCAAGAUCAGCGAGUACGAUUUCAACACCCCCAACAUCUUCUUCAAGGAUGUCAUCAUCUUCCACAAGACUCUGGAAGAGAUCAACCGCGCCUAAGUUGCGAACAAUUUUUACACCUCUAACACCUGAGCCAGACUGUUUAAUUGUUUAUGCUGCUAAUUUAUACGACCAAAGCGCAAUGUUUACUGGACACGCGAUUUGAUUGUCUGUCUUAAACAGGCAUUUCAAUGUUCUUGUUUUGUACACAAAUAUAAAAAAAAAUAAAACACUUUUCUUAAUA